GGAACCUCCCCGGCGCCGCGCGGGUUCCGGAGGGGCCGUUUCGAGCGUUGCACCGCGGAGCCGGAAGUUGCCCACGGGCCGGGGUUCCGGGCCGGCUUCGGCAUCCGCUACCCCCGCCCGCGAUGGAGGAGACCGAGAUGCAGCUCAAGGUGAAAAAAGUUACAGACAAAUUCACGGAGAGCAUGUAUAUCCUGGCAAACGAGCCAUCUGUGGCACUGUACCGGCUGCAGGAGCAUGUCAGGCGCUCCCUUCCGGAGCUCGCCCAGCACAAGGCUGACAUGCAGAGCUGGGAGGAGCAGAGUCAAGGAGCCAUUUAUACUGUGGAGUACGCCUGCAGUGCUAUAAAGAACAUGAUGGACAGCAGCGUGUAUUUCGAGAGCAUUGACAGGCUGCUCAAGCAUGCCAUCGCUGUGAAGGAUCAGCUGAAUUCUGCUCAGGGCCGCAGCGCCGCUGCCCUGCAAGCCCCGAAUCCGCCAGCCAGUUCCUGAUUUCAGACCAGACUGGCCUUCCUCAGACUGGCCUUUUUCAUCCAGCCCAGCGCUGGAUGGCCUGGGUGCCAAGAGAGGACGCUGCCCACACGCCUUGUCUCUGGGGACAUGCAGGGAUGAGAGCUGCCGACUCCUUUUAAAAGCUUCUGAAGCCAAAGCCACAAGUGAUUAGCCAUGAGUGGUGUGUAAAGGCCCAGUGGAGGACUGGGAUCUCCUUGGGCUGAUGUUUUGUCUCUAGCUGAUGUUCUAGAUCCCCCUAGCUCAUUGAAUAAUUGCCCUGUUCGUGUAAAGCCAGGGGCUUGGUUUGGGGACUUGCCCGUCACAGCCACACCUGUCACAGGCUCCAGGGAGAACGGAGGUGUGCUCUCCCCACCAAUCUCCAGAAGAAAGCCAGCACUGUGGAGGGGCAUCAUGGGGGAUUGGUGGGGGGCAUCUGUUUCUUGUGCCUUUGAAUCCCUCCAUUCCAGGGCUUGUGCUGCAGCCUCUCCCCCAUAAAACAAAUGGCAGAAGCAUUACAGUGUCUCAAAAAACAGGUCACAAUAAAGUCUUUUAAAACUACUUGCUAUUGUCCCCCUUCUCCCCCGAAUCCCAAAACACCACAGUUGCCUUCUGCUCCUUUCUCAGCGUAAUGGCCUCUUCAAAGAGAGAAACUGAGGCAGAGAGAAGCUAAAUGUCUUGGCCAUGAUUGCACAGCAGGUCUGGCUGUGGCCCCUUUUAGUGUAAGAUCUGAGCGCUUCACAGCCUUCCAUGAGCCAGGGGAGGGCUCUUAUCCCUCGUCUACAGAUAGGAACUGGGGCCCAGAGAGACGAAAACCCAGAUCCUCAAAGGUAGUUAGGCGCCUAAUACCCCAUGAGCUCACUGAUCUGGCCUAAGUGACUAGCCCAAGGUCAUGCAGGGAGCCUCCGGCAUAGCAGGGAAUUGAAGCCAGCUGGCCCUAGUCCUGGCACAGCACUGCUGCACCAUCCUUCCUUGGGCACAGCCCUGGCCGGUGUCAUGCUCAGGGUUGGUUGGCUGAAGGGCUAUCCAGAAGUUACGCUGCAGCCAGGCUGCAAACAGGAUUCUGGUCCCACCACUGCAGGAAUAAACCUGAACUCAGGAACCUGGUGACGCCAGCUGGGAAGCAAGCGAUCAUGGCAGUCUGACCUAUAAAUAGGUUUUCAGCAACCUCCUGGGGGGAGGCAGGUGCCAGAGCAUUCUCUAUGAAAUAUGCGAGUUCUGUGUGGGGCCGAGCCCACCCUCCCAGCAGAAUGAGAUCCCAGCGUUUGCAGCGAAAUUAAAAUGCUUGCCUGCUAAAUAGACGGAAACACCGCAGCAGAAUAAGCCAAUGGCAACGUGCCGAAUCAUCCGGUUGUCCAACAGGAACCAGUCAGCUCUGCAAAACAGGAGAGAGAAACACUUCAGUGGUAAAAUAGAGCAAUAUCUAGUGAUGCCUACUGCCUUUAUCCCAGUACAGUAUCAUUUUAAUCUGAUCAGAAACAGCUCUAUAAGAGGCCUUUCCUGCACCUGCAAGGGGAUUGACUCUGUCACCUAGUGACCCUAAGAUCUUAUAUUCUCCGAGUCUAUAUAAAGCAGUGCAGAGCUUCUAUACCAAGGCUCCAAUAUUUAAAUCAAUCUAAGAGGCUGGGGUUUGGAUCUAGUUUGAUUGCCCAGGGUAGGGGUUUCUACACGCUGUAAAGCACCUCAGUCCAAAAAUCCGGACUUGGGGUGAAAAGUGCAUUGGCUGCGAGUUCUAGAGCGUCUCAGAGAUGCUGUGAUGCGUUUUAAACCCUAAACUUGCCUCCUAGGGAGCCGAAUUCUCCCCUCAGCCAUGUGCAUGGGGCCAUCUCCUCUGGUCUCUGCGGCACAGAACACCAAUGUCACUGGAAGUGUCACGUGCAGCGGGAGCCACGUAACUAAACCCAGAUCUGCUGUGGAGCUUUAAGAGGAGAGGAGAGGAUUGCCUGGGCAGUUCUACUGUGCUGGGGGGCAAGGUGGUCUUCAUUUCAAUAUCUUUCCUUCCUGUCCCCCCACGCACUGGUUUGUUGGCUGAGAAAUGAAAACCAAAGACAAACAACCCCCAGUUGAUGAAUGAGCUUGAGGUUCAGCCAGCCAGCAGAGGGAGCCCAAAUUCACCAUCUUUCCAAACACUGAUGAUGCAACUACAUAACAGAAGCAAAUAAAGCAAGAGCCGUAUCUGCUCAGUAUUUCUGCAGGGAGGGAGAUAAACCUAAAGAUGCUGCAAGCUGGAAAAGAAGGCACAAGCUGGUGGGAGAAAGAAAUAUUUCAACGCUUCUUAAAGACUAUUGCAAGAAGUGAAGAGCAAAGAAAAAAGAUGAUGCAUUAGUCCAUAAGUCUAUCGCCCUUUAAAAGAGCAUGAAAGGGUGAAGUGCUGCUGCCGUGAACUAAACAAAGCCAGGUUGCAUUUUCAUCCUCGGUGCUGAAUUGCUUUGCUUAACUAGCUAUGUUAAUUUAGAUGCACAUUUUGGAAGGGGGUGACUUUCUUUUUGAACGGUGCAUGAAACAUCAAAGGCCAGCUCCUAUCUAGGCAUGUAUUCCAUGCUCCUCACAGUAAUAUCUGAGCCCUUCCACUUGAUAGAUUCAGCUUAUUCCAAUUGUGACACCGGAUGGUUUCUGUGGGCGCACAGACUCCCUUGAGACUUGCCAGCAGCCUUGCCACUAGAUGUUAGUGAGCAUGCACUCAAUAACUGUUCUUGUCCACCCUGCGAAAGCUGCUUGAGAUUGUUUGUUCCCUUCAUUACAGCUGAGGUGACCUACAGAACCCCCACACUCCUCUUAUGGCUCUUCAUGGGCCAUCAUCUCCGAAGGAAGCCCGCAUGUUAUCCUCUUGUUAAUUGUGAGAGCGGAACAUAGUCAUGAAAGGAGGUGACACAAUGGGAAAAGGAUACAAAGUGCUGUAGGCUUAAGCAUGGUUAAAGGUUGUGAUUGAAAGAUGCUGCAGCACAACUGUCUCUGUAGGAGACAAGGAAAGGAUUGUGUAGCUCAUCCAGGAGAGACAGGUGGCGGAUUAUGAUGUUGGAAUGACUGACACAGGGAGGGGUUUUCACAUUGCUGAGUGGGAUGGGUUGGCAACCCCUGGGGAGCAGCGCUCUGUAUCUGUUCUGAGCAAUACACGCACACACGCCCUCCUUGGCAAUGCGUGCGGUGGCCUUGACACUGAGGAACUGCCCCAGGGAUUAAAGGGCACCUCAGUCUCCUAGGUCCAGGCAGUCCUUGGCCUCAAAAAUUGGUGGCAAAGGGGCCAGUUAGUGCUGAUAGUGGCGGUUGUCUUUAUAAUGUGGACAUCUGUCCAUUGGGAAUUGGCUUGAGACCUAACAACUCAUGACAUGCAAGAGCCACUGGAUUGCCUUCAGCUGGGAAUGAGUUUGGGUCUUUUUGUUCUGAAGUAAGGGAGUGUCUUUCCUCGCCUUCUCCCUCCAUCACUUCCCUCUAGGGAGAGCUUUGGCAAGGACUUGGGAUCGUCAGUAAGAUCAGGUGCUGGGAAAACACUGCCCAGGAGAGUUUGAUCUCUGCACUCAGCCCUGCUGGUUCAGAAGGGCUGGUCAACCUAUGUUGUGUUUGUGGGAGUCCUCUGGACUCCCCCAGUCUGAGAAAGCAGGAGAAUAACAGCUCUGCUUGCCUCUGGAGUAACUGCAUAAGGAACACGUGAGAGGGAAGGGACUUUAACUCACAGUUCUCUAGCCACCAGCUAAUGAAAGCAAUGAUAAGUCCACCUGAGGAUCAGUCACCUGAUAGGCAACACCAAUGAUGCUCUGGCCUGCGUGACCAAAAUUGCACUAUGCUUUUCUGCAGAAUCUGGCUACCUAAGGUUUACAGGCAUGAAAAAGGCAAUGGGGGAAAGCCUCCAAACGCUGUCCCUAGAACGGCCCCUCUAGGGAACGGCCCUUCUCCUGGCUGGGAGGUUACAAGGUGGAUGAGAUGGAGGCCACAGAGUCUGUUUUGUGCUGAACUGGGAUGUCCGGACCUGCCUAGUGCUGGGAGUUUGCACUCAGGAGCUGUUAAUAGAACUUGGAAGGGCUCCUGCUCCUCGUUCAUUGUUGGGGAAGAGAAGCCACUUUAUUUUAUUAAUUACAUGAUUUGGGAGAUUAGUGUGGGGGGGGAGGAACAGCCUUUGUUUAGAGCAGGCUGGGGCUAUUGAGCGCAGAGCUGGAAACUGGAGCAGUAAUUCAGCGUGACGGGCCCAACGUGGGAAAGCCUCCUGCUACGUGAGCAGAUCCCCUAAUGAAACCAGAGCCCCGGCUCCCUGCUCCCCUGGGGGGAUAGGGCUGUCCCGCAGAGAUGGGGAUGGGCAGGAUGAAAACACAAGCUCCAACAUGGGGAGACAAUAGCUAAUCACAUGUCAAUGGGGGAGAAGGGGCUGUGAGAAUUAACCCUUCACGGGCUGGCAUUUUUUAGACUAACAGCAUUUUCCAUUCUAGGAUCUCAAAGCAAUUUGCAAACAAACAUUAUUUGAGUGUCACAACCUAACCCCUCCUCCCAAGUAGAGGUAUAACCCCCACAUUACAGAUGGAAAGACUGAGGCACAGUGAAGUGAUGUGACUUGCUCAGGAUUGCCCAGCAAGAGUGGCAGAGAGAACAGGACCCAGGAGUCCUGAUUCCAAGGCCUCUGUUCUAACCACACUGCCUUCCGUCAGUCCUCCAGUCCACUAAGCUCUCAAGAGACGCCCAUGCCCUCAGCAGCAGAAGGGUGAAGCAAUAACAGCCUCUCGCCUUGCUUAAGAAAUGUGGGAGUGGGGGGAGGAAGCUAAUUUAGGACAAACUAUUUAAGCCAAAUUGCUUGUGGGGGGCUUUCCUGGAGCCUGGCCCAGUAGCAGCAAGGUGCAUGGCCCAAGCACUGGGAUUGGAUUGGAGGACGGAUCUAAAUCCCAGGUCACCACCUCUGGUGCACUGGCUCCAGCUGUCCCAUAGGUGGGAAGCCCUUUGCUGAAUGGCAUCAUCAUAGCCGCUCUCUGCCCCUCCUGCCCCCAAGCUGUUCUUUUGCCUUUGUGGGCUCAGAAUAAAUUACGGAUAAUUAAAAGAACCUGGGACAUUCUCAACUUUUAUACAGGGAAAUCCAGAACCUUUCUGUAUUCUGGUGUUAGAAGCAGGCUGAGUCCAGCUAGACGGGUCACAGAAACAUCCUCUGAAUUUCCUUAGCCCUUUUAAUUUCAGAGCUCUUUAAUCACAUCAGUUAAUUAAGUCUCUCAUCCCACUGAGACAGAUAGUUACUGUCCCUGUUCUACAAACAGGGGAAGCUGAGGCACAAAGAGG